AUGGAAGUCGGAGUAAUACAUGGAAUAAAGUUGUCGCCAAGAAUUUCGGAAAUAUUGCAAAAGGCUUAUGACGACUUUAAUUCGAUAAACGUCGGCCAAAAUAAGCUUAGCCAAGCAUCCACAACUGCAUCAAGGCUAUCAUCUGAUUGCUCAUUUACGGAAAAAGAGAGAACAACAAAUUUAAUCAAUAACAGCUGUCAAGUUCCAUCCGGUCCAUUAGGAAUUAAACUUCAAAUAACCAUUGAUGAUGAAACAGACGCUGAGGCUUUUCCGAAAUGUCAUUAUCUGUGGAGCACCAACAGACGCGAAAAUUGUUUACAGUUUUCACCUCUUAGUACCUUCAGUGGUACAAGUGUAACCUCGAGCGAAGAUUCCGGCUUUUCAGAAGAAAACCAAGCAAACGAGAAGUCCGUUAAACUCCUACGUACGAAAUCUUUGCCCUCCGCACUUCGUUCGUCAGCAAAUUACGGCAAGCCAAAGAAAGUACGUUUUGCGGAUGCAUUUGGGCUCGACUUGGUACAGAAGGCUUAUUAUGACUGCGACGAGAGCCCAGAACCACUGUCAGCUUGCUUGUCAUUUAAUUAUUUUAACUCACCGUUUGCUUCUACGAAAAGUCCGAUGGUCAACCGAGUAAGAUCGGUCACCCUAAACCCAAUAAAUGUGCCGCAGCGAUCAGAGGCCGAAGUUAGUCAUCUGACUCGUUCGCAGUGCAUUUGCUUACGUUCGCUGUAUAUCACAGAUACCACUCUUUCUGGUGUGAUACAUGUGUUGAAUUUAGCCUACGAUAAGCAGGUAUUCGUUCGUUACACCUUUGAUGAUUGGUGUUUGUUUUCGGAAACACGAGCUGUUUUCAAUUACUCUGUGGGCAACGAUGGGGCAGUAGAUUCUUUCAAUUUUUUCCUCUCUUUACCCAAUGAUUUGCCGUCACCUACACAUUUUAGGUGGGCGCGGUAUGCGAAUUCUGUAUUCGGUACAGUGUUAACGGCGCUUCAUAUUGGGAUAAUAAUGUUGGGCAAAAUUACCGACUUAAAUGUUCAAAAAUUGGUAGGUGUUCUUCAGUCUCUUGUCUGA